GAAAAGUUAAGAAAAGAAGAAAUGACGUUCAUAUCAGCUGCAAACGCCUUGCAGAUGGUUAACCAGAUAAUUGCGAAGACUUCGCAGGGGGAGAAAGUAUCCGACGCCACUCGCUAACAUGUCCCUGUCCGGCUGGAUCUGUGUGGUCACAGGUGCCUCCAGAGGCAUUGGAAAAGGAAUAGCGCUGCAGCUUUCUGAUGCAGGCGCCACCGUCUACAUCACCGGACGCCAGGAAAAGACUCUCAAAGAAACGGCAGCACAGGUGAGCGAGCGGGGUGGAAAGUGUGUGCCCGUCAUCUGUGACUCGACCAAUGAUGGCGACAUUGAGAAACUGUUUGAACGCAUAAAAACGGAAGAGAGUGGCCGACUGGACCUUCUGGUCAACAAUGCAUACGCUGGAGUCCAGGCCAUCUUUGAGAACCAGGGGAAAAAGUUCUGGGAGACCGAUCCGUCUUUUUGGGACACCAUCAACCACACUGGCCUGAGAAGCCACUAUAUCGCUUCAGUGUACGCCUCCCGUUUGAUGGUGGCUCGAGGUCAGGGCUUGAUCGUCACCAUUUCAUCCAUGGGAGGCCUGCGAUAUCUCUUCAAUGUGCCAUACGGUGUUGGGAAAGCUGCGUGCGACCGCAUGGCCGUGGACAUGGCUAUGGAGCUUCGGAGCAGGGGGGUUGCAUCUGUCAGUCUCUGGCCUGGACCUGUCAAGACCGAGCAAAUAACUCAGUUCGUGCUUUCAGAUGAUGCGACGCGGGAAGUAGAUUCCAAGACGAAGGAAUUGUUUGCUCAUGGAGAAAGCACCGAAUUUAGUGGCCUGUGCAUUGCCAACCUUGCUCAAGAUAAAAACCUGAUGUCACUGAGCGGGAAAAUUCUCAUGACCUGUGACCUGGCGAGGCGUUACGGGAUCCGAGAUGUUGACGGGCGGUGUGUGAACGACUUUACCUCCCUUAAGUUCCUGCUGACCCAAGUUCCGUAUGUCUCCUGGCUCUCAUCUUUUGUCCCGUCUUUUAUAAGACUGCCCCGCUUUCUGCUCCCCUUGACAAGCAACCAUUUCUAACCACAAGCUAGCGUGGCAUUGAAAACCUCUUUGUGGCUACUUUUGAAUCCAAUCACGACAAGUGUCUAUUUAAAUGAAAGACUCCGGGAAUUGUGAAUGCCGACUACAGUGAAACCUCUUUAUUUGAAUUUGAUCAGUGUUACCACGACCACUACAAAGUCACAAUUAUAAAAUAGAGCACAUCAAUUCUACACAAAAAACUCAACAUGACAGCAUGCAACCGUACCACUUGCAUCCUCAGUCGAAUUUGAAAUCAAACUGGUUAAAGAUCCCAUUGCUAAAACGCAAAUGAUACUGUAAAUGCGUAGAGACUGCAGGAAAACUAAAUUCUCGCUUUGCAAUCAAAAUGUUGAGUUAAGCCAUACUGUACCGGACAGAGAAAACAUCCAACUUACCUGAAUGCUCAUCUUGUAUUUCUCCUCUUUGACAUCAGCGUUAAACGUCUGUGGUAGCACAACAACAAAGAAAAGACAAAGAAAAUUGAGCGUUUUUCAGAAAUUUUACAGCAGUAUUUUUCCUCUGCAAGUCAAAUUCAGAGGUUUCACGGUUGCUUAUUAUCAUAACUAUAUUACUGUUUGAGCUUGAGAAUGUGAAAUUGUAUUUGGUAUCAAUAUGAAGCUGGUUUGUCUCUAUUUGAUGUAGAUGCAGCCAAAAUGUAUAACCAAGUAUUUUGGAUUAAAAUGUUGAAGCAUUAUACAUAUAUUUUUGUAUUGAUAGAAGUUGGUGCUGCGAUACAAUGCUGCUGGUAUGUUACCGAUCUAUCUUGAUAAAUAAAGAACUGGGCUAAAACA